CUGUUUUGUUUUAGGCUUUUAGAGUAGAAGAUGAAAUCAAUUUAUCCCAAGUUCAACUUUUAUGGGUUUUACAAAAUCAGGCAUUCUAUGGAUAAUUGAAAAACUGAAUAAAUGCAAAAUCUGGCAAAAUUGAUAUGUCAUGAUAUGAUUGGAUUUUAUAUUUCAUGAUCAUUGGGUCUUUUUGCUUAAUAUAUAUAAAUAUGUGUCAAUAUUUUGAUAUUAUUGCGACAUAAUAAUUACUAUGAAGAAAGACCAAUGUCUCUUUGACAGUGUGACCUAUGUUAUGGUUGGAAUUAAUUAGAAUAAAUUGUUUUCUUUAUUUUUAUAUUCUCUCUAAAAAUAAUAUAGUUUCUACAAAAUAUACUUCAAAAAACGGAGAAAUAAAAAAAGAAGUCUUCGACUUGAAAAAAAAAAAAAAAACAAAACGUUCGGAUAUGCGAGAACUAUAAAUUAAGUCCUGCGUGUAUAGAAAUAUGCCGGAAAAAUUUGUUACGCUAUGCUACGAUUUUGUUACAAAAUAAGAAAAAAGUAUGUUAAGUCGUUGUAAAUUUUAUAUAUGAAAAAAAUAAAUCUGUCGCAAUAACUAUGGUAAGAAUAUCAAUAUGUAUACAUUUUUUUAUUAAAAGUUAUGAGCUAAUUGUAGAUGUUAAACAAAAUUAGAUUAAUAUUCUUGUAUCCGAAGCAUGGUGGAUUAAGGCCCUUUUAUACCUUCUAAAUGUAACUAAUUAACAACUCUUUAAAGAUACAAGAAGAUUAAUAUAAAAUUCUGUUCAAGAGCUAAGAAUAGCCCAAUUUAAAAAUAGUAUUUUUUUUUUUUUAACAGUGGAUAAAUAUUGACAUUCUACCAUCAUCGUUAUAACUUUUCUUAAUUUUGUUUCAAUACAAUGUAGUCAACCAUUUUGGAAACAAAUUAAAUCUAAUAACGUCACGGGCAUUCUCAUCUAAGACUUCUUAUAUAUACUAAUGCAAAUCAAAAACAAAAGUAGAAACACUUUCGAUCUUAAAAGAAAAUGACAAGCAUUAUCCUAAAAACACAAGUUCAUGUGGUGGUAAUAUCUCUACUCAUCCAAAUAGCUUUCUCAUCACAAGCGAAAAACGAUUUUGAUCUUAAUUGGUCUACUAUAAAAUCAAUGGUGAGGAUCACAAACCGCCUUGGUGAUGGUUCGACCUUAAACCUUCAUUGUAAGUCCUCAGAUGACGAUCUGGGCCUCCAAAUCCUCGCUCCGAAUGGUUCUUGGUCGUUUAAGUUUAGACCAAAUAUUAUUUUUGGAGUGACACUUUUCUCUUGUCAUUUCACAUGGCCUGGACAAUCAAAAUGGUUUAACAUUUACGAUGAUGACAGAGAUGGUGUUCGUAAGGGUAUUCCAUGCAUCUACUGUAUCUGGGAUAUAAGCAAAAAUGGGCCAUGCAGGUUUAGUGAAAGAGAUGAUGCAUUUAAUAUUUGUUAUGACUGGAAUGGAAAUCGAAGAUCAUAAUUUGUUGUGUUGCCAGGAUAACGAUAAGAAUGAAAUUCGUUUGUUUGUUUUUUGUUUUCAACUGUUGUUGUAUGACUUUUAGUAUGAACUAUACACAAACAACAAACCUUCGAAUUCGAUUUACGACGAGAAGA